CAACCACGAAAUUCAAACUCCAGGUUGUCACAGUUCACUGCUCUUCUUUCUUCCUUAAUUUGGUUAUAGAUAUAUGAAUCUAUGAAAGGAAUAGUAUUAAAGAGUUUUACAAUAUACAUAUAUAUUAGUGAUAUAGAGUCACAUAUUCAAUAGCUAUUGUAUACAUAUUUAUGAAUGGCACGGUCAUCAUCCUCCUCCUCCAAUACUACUCCACAAAAGCACGAGGUGUUCAUUAGCUUUAGAAGUGAGGAGACCCGCAAGACAUUCACAAGCCAUCUUAACGGUGCUUUGGAAAGAGUAGAUAUCAUAACCUACGUAGACAAGAAUCUUGAGAGAGGAGAUGAAAUACCCACAACCCUUGUUAGGGCCAUUGAGGAAGCCAAGCUGUCAGUCAUUGUUUUCUCCAAAAACUAUGCGGAUUCUAAGUGGUGUUUGGAUGAGUUAGUGAAAAUACUCGAGCGUGGAAGGACCAAAAGGCAAAUUAUAGUGCCUGUUUUCUAUGGUGUAGAUCCUUCCGACGUGCGGAAUCAGAGAGGAAGCUAUGCUGAGGCAUUUGCCAAACAUGAGACAAAUUCUGAGGAUAAGACCAAGGUGCGAGAAUGGAGGAAUGCUUUGGUGGAAGCAGCCAAUUAUUCUGGUUGGGAUUGCAACGAUGUCAAUAGGACAGAAUUUGAGAUUGUUGAGGAAAUUACGAAGGAUGUGUUGGAAAAGCUGGAUCGUGCGAACGUGAGUGACCUGGAUCGGCAGAUAGCUAAAAUGGAACAACUUGCACGGCUUCAGGAUCAAUUUUAUCACAGCAUAAUUACUGUGGAAAAUUUGAAAAACCGUAACGCAACGAUUCAACGUGUCAGAGAACUUAAAAUGGAGAGGAGCAUCCGUUUGCUUCGUCUCACUCCUGAUAUGCUCUCAUAUAUGAAUCAGAAUAAUGAUAAUGAUGAUGAUGAUUAUCUUUUCCCGUCAUUUUAAUAGAAAUUAUUCGUCCAAUGUUAUGAAUAUUAUCAGUGACAUAUUAUGUACUGCUGCAAAAAUUAAAUAUGUUUGAAAAUUUGUAAUCUAUCUAUGUAAUAUUUGAAAAAACAAAAUAUUUGAGUUCACAUACCAUCUCUUUUGCUGAAGCAAUCAGUUCACUCAACACCUCCUAGAAGUCUUAACAAGAAUGUUAUUUCAUGUAAUUACCUCAUAUACUAUGACUACUAACAAGUUUUAAGGUCAAACUUAUUUCCUCGACUUCUGUCACCAUAUACCAGGGUUUUGUCAUUGCCAAAUGAAGCUAUAUAAUACCUCUCAAAACAUAAUAAUGUUAGAGAAACCAGUCUUUCACACACAAUAGUCUCAAUUUCAAGGCUUUACAGAAACAAGUUCUCUUCAAAUAAGUUUAUCUAUAAAUACUUAUAGCAAAAAGGAAAAAAAAAUAAAAAGAAUUAAACUUUUUCAAAAAUUAAAAUAAAAUUAUACAUAAAUUAAUUUGUA